UAUUAUUAUUAAUCUGUGGGAUUAUAUGGAAUAUAAUUCUGUUAUAAUCUCUGUGUUUAUCUCCACACUGCACUUUAACUGAAGAUCAUGGCGGUGCCGUUCGUUCAGGAUUGGGAUCUGGUCCAGACCCUAGGAGAGGGUGCUUAUGGAGAGGUGCGCCUGCUGGUGAACAGGAAAACCGAGGAGGCGGUGGCAGUGAAGGUGGUGGAUGUGUCCAGUGCCAAGGAAUGUAUGGAUAAUGUGAAGAAAGAGGUGUGUGUGCACAAGAUGCUGUCGCACCCCAACAUAGUGCGCUUCUACGGGCACAGAAGCGAGGGUUCCAUUCACUACAUCUUCCUGGAGUACUGCAGUGGUGGAGAGCUCUUCGAUAGAAUCGAGCCAGAUGUGGGGAUGCCGGAAAAGGAGGCGCACAGGCUGUUCCAGCAGCUGAUUGCAGGAGUGGAAUAUCUGCACAGUAUUGGGAUCACGCACAGAGACAUCAAACCAGAAAACAUCCUGCUGGAUGAUAAAGACAACCUAAAGAUCACAGAUUUCGGGCUGGCUACCAUGUUCCGGCACCGUGGGCGUGAGCGCCAGUUGUCUCGACUGUGUGGCACGUUGCCUUACGUUGCCCCGGAGCUGAUGUCCCGCGCAGAGUUCCACGCUCAGCCGGCCGACGUCUGGGCCUGCGGCAUCGUGCUCACUGCCAUGCUGGCUGGAGAGUUACCGUGGGACCAGCCGAGUGAAAGCUGUCAGGAGUACAGUGACUGGCUGCAGAAGAAAACCUACCUCACACCGUGGAAAAAAAUCGAUUCACUGCCUCUCGGUCUAUUAACGAAAAUUCUGCUCCAUAGUCCCGAGGACCGGAUCACCAUUCCUGAGAUCAAAAAGCACCGCUGGUUCAGCAGGAGCUUUAAAUCAGCGAUAAAGAGGCAGAAUGACGGACACGUGACUAAAUCUCUGCGGUCCGACUCUGAGCGACUGGGCCGAACGAACAGUGACGACCGGGUUCAGAUCUCCAGCUCUCAGCCGGAGCCGCAGGGCCUGUGGGAGGUCAGGGAUGAUGUGGUCCACACCAACGGAGCUCAUGUCAGCUUCUCCCAGCCCACCUGCCCUGAUCACAUGCUGCUAGGAAGCCAGCUGUUGGGCACUCCGGGUGCUAGUCAGAAUACAUGGCAGAGGCUGGUGAGGAGAAUGACCAGGUUCUUUACCACACUGAGGGCAGAAGCGUCCUGUACGUCCCUCCGCGACGUCUGCAUCGGCAUGGGUUACACGUGGAAACAGAACUGCACCAACCAGGUCACCGUGUCCACACUGGAUCGCCGGAACAAUAAGCUGAUCUUUAAAGUUCACUUUCUGGAGAUGGAGGAACGCAUUCUGGUGGAUUUCAGGUUGUCACGGGGUGAUGGUCUGGAAUUCAAGAAAAUAUUUAUAAGCCUCAAACAGAAGCUGUCGGACAUCAUCAGUAACCAGAAGGUUCCUGUAGUUUUUACAUGAUUUAUAUAAUCAUCUGUGUUGAGCUGUGAUCUCUCUCUCUCCUCUCUCUCUCUCUCUCUCUCUCUCUCUCUCUCUCUCUCUCUCUCUCUCUCUCUCUCACACACACACACACACACACACACACACACACACACACACACACACACACACACACACACACACACACACACUCUCUCUCUCUCUCUCUCUCUCUCUCUCUCUCUCUCUCUCUCUCUCUCUCUCUCUCUCUCUCUCUCUCUCUCACACACACACACACUUGUCUUGUUCUUGUUUGGUUUUACAUGUUUUUACUUGUGUCUGUCUUCUUGGUGUAAGCUGUAGCACUCUCUCAGUUCAUUUUGGUGUGUUUACAGGAUUUGAGGGUGUGGAAACGUGGUCUUUAUGAGGGUUUCUCCCUUAUUGUUGAGUUUUUGCUGUGAAAUAUGAAUUCCAGCCCUCGUUUCUUGUUCUCGUUUUUAAGGUUUUUUUCCGUUAGUCAUGUUAUGAAAAACUGACAAUAAAUUAAAUAUUCCUCAAAA